UUCGCUCGCAGUAACCCAGGCUUUAGUGUGCAAUAUGACUGAAAGGACUCGCAGCAAAGUGGAUGUCGAUGUCCUUGGUGAUGUGAAUGAAGAAUCCCAGACAGGUAGGGCAUUAAAACAAAUACAAGCCUGUUUUACUCAUUAUUUAAGGAUUUUUACUUACAAUUGACUUAAUUACAAUUCCUCAAGCAGAUGUGGGUCGGUCGAAGAGCUCUGGUUUCUGUGGGCUUCUCCUCACGGCUCUGUCUUAUCUUCUCAUUCUCAUGACCUUCCCAAUUUCUGUAUGGUGCUGCUUAAAGAUUGUCAAAGAAUAUGAGCGAGCAGUAAUUUUCCGUUUAGGGCGACUCCUCGGCGGAGCGAAGGGACCCGGUAUCUUCUGGAUCCUUCCGUGCGUGGACACUUUCCGCAAGGUUGAUCUGAGGACGAUGUCGUUCAACAUUCCUCCUCAGGAGUUGAGUAUCUUUUAGUUAGCUUUAAAAGUGCUGACCAAAGACUCGGUGACCAUACUGGUAGACGGCGUUGUGUAUUACAGAGUCUUUAAUCCUACGAUGUCUAUUAUUAAAGUGGAGGAUGCUAAUCUGGCUACGCAGAUGCUGGCGCAAACCACUCUGAGGAACAUGCUGGGCACCAAGAGCUUGGCGGACAUUUUGCGAGACCGUGAGGAGAUGGCAGAACAGAUGGAGGAAGUGCUCUAUUCUGCGUCUAAGAACUGGGGGAUUAAACUUGAGCGGGUGGAGCUGAAGGACGUCAAACUGCCCCAGUCUUUGCAGAGAGCCAUGGCUGCUGAGGCUGAGGCCACCAGAGAGGCUCGCGCUAAGGUGAUAGCUGCUGAGGGAGAGAUGAAGGCCUCAUGCGCGCUGAAGGAGGCGGCGGACGUCAUGUCCGAGUCUCCGGCUGCGCUCCAGCUACGCUACCUGCAGACGUUGGCUGAGAUCGCCACGGAGAGGAACUCCACCGUGGUCUUCCCCAUUCCCAUGGACCUCAUUACCAGCUUCAUGAAGAAGUGACCUCACAGCUCAAAAUCUUAACUCCUGAAAGUCCUGGAUUAUUAUUUCAUUAUUUAUACUAAAGCAUAUUGUUCAGAAGUUGCACUAAUAGGAAAUGUGUGUAGUUACUAGAAUAAAGUCUGGAAGUCUGGACUUAGCAACAGAUCCUGGAUAUUUCAGAUGUUUGAAUUACAUGUAAACUAAAAAAAAAAAAAAAAACCUGACAUACAUAUAGGUAUAUUUAAAUAUAAAUACAUGUACAUAACACUUGCUUACUGUUUAUCAGAGGAUUUUAGACUUUUCCCCC